CUCGCGCUCCUCACCACGUUGCUAUGGCAAUGCGUCCACGCGCAGCAGAGAGGCUUGUUCCCUGCUGUCUUAAACCUGGCCACCAUGGCGGACAUCACAGCUAAUGCCACAUGCGGAGCGGAAGGGCCUGAGAUGCACUGUAAACUGGUGGACCACGUCCCGGGACAACCAGUGAGGAACUCCCAGUGUCGAGUCUGCAACCAACAGAGCACCAAACCAAACGAGAGACAUCCUGUAGAAUACGCCAUAGACGGAACAAACCGCUGGUGGCAGAGUCCCUCCAUAAUGAACGGCAUGGAGUACCACUACGUGACCAUCACCCUGGACCUCAAACAGGUUUUCCAGAUUGCUUACGUCAUAAUAAAAGCUGCAAACUCCCCACGGCCAGGAAACUGGGUCCUGGAGCGCUCGAUCGAUGGCGUGACCUAUGAACCCUGGCAGUACUACGCCAUCACGGACACCGAGUGCUUGACACGCUUCAACAUCACCCCCCGCACCGGCCCCCCCUCCUACACGCGAGACGACGAAGUGAUCUGCACCUCCUUCUACUCCAAGAUCCACCCUCUGGAGAACGGAGAGAUCCACACCUCAUUGAUCAACGGGCGUCCCAGCGCUGAUGACCCCUCCCCUACCCUGCUGAACUUCACCUCGGCGCGCUAUAUCCGCCUGGUGCUCCAGCGAAUCCGGACCCUCAACGCCGACCUCAUGACCCUGACCCUGCACGACCCCAAAGAGAUCGAUCCCAUUGUGACGAGGAGGUAUUACUACUCUAUCAAGGACAUCUCAGUGGGAGGCAUGUGCAUCUGCUACGGCCACGCCAAAGCCUGCCCGCUCAACAUGGAAACAAAGAAGUUCAGCUGUGAGUGUGAACACAACACUUGUGGAGAAAGCUGUGACCGGUGCUGCCCGGGAUACAACCAGCAACCCUGGAUGGCCGGAACCUACAUCACCCGCCAUGUCUGUGAAAAGUGUAACUGCCAUGGCAAAGCAGACGAGUGCUACUACAAUCAGACUGUGGCCGACCUGUUCCUGAGCCUGGACGCACGCGGAGAGUACAGAGGGGGCGGAGUCUGUGUGGAAUGUCGUGACAAUACUGAUGGUGUUAACUGUCAAAGCUGUGUGCAGGGAUACUACCGACCAGAGGAGGUUGGCCCGGAGGAAGACAACCCCUGCAUCCCCUGCUCCUGUGACCCAAAGGGCUCACUCAGCCAGUCGUGUGUCCCAGAUGUAAAACAGGCGUCUCCUGGGAGGCCAGUGGGGUCAUGUCAGUGUAAGGAGGGUUUUGGGGGUCUUCGCUGUGACAGGUGUGCGGUGGGUUACAAGGACUACCCGUUGUGCCAGCGCUGUAACUGCAGUUUAGAGGGAAGCACCAACGAGGACCCCUGUGUAUCUCCUUGUGUGUGUAAGGAAAAUGUGGAGGGGCCUAACUGUGACCGCUGCAAACUGGGCUUUUACAACCUGCAGCGGGACAACCAGCGCGGCUGUGACAAGUGCUCCUGUAUGGGCGUGUCCAGCCAGUGCUUCGCCUCCACCUGGGCCUAUCACAACGUAAGCAGUCUGUUGGGGUGGCACCUGGUGGGCGACAGUGGUUCUACAGUUUGGUCCGUACACAGAGAGACUCCUCCUUAUCUGAGCGUGAGGCACUCGGACGUGGAGCACGACCUGGGCCGCACCUACUACUGGAACGCACCCGGCCUCUACCUCGGAAACAAGCUCAGGGCCUAUGGAGGUACCGUCAUCUACAAAGUGUCCUACACAGUUGACCAGCAGGAGCAGACACCAAUCAGAGUCACCACAGAGCUCGACAUCAUCAUCGAGGGUGGUGGCAUGAGGAUCGCCAAUGGGAGAUACGGAGAGCCGGUGUACCCCGCCUCACCAGUCACCAAAGUUGUCGACCUGCUUCCUGAAAACUUCCUGAUUGCAGAGACGGCUCAGCCAAUCAGCCGCAGGGAUUUCCUCUCUGUUUUGGCAAAUGUGACCAAAGUGAUGGUCCGGGCCACCUACAGCACCAACCCCACUGCAGUGUACAGGCUGCACCUGUUCUCCAUGGAGGUGGCUAAUCCGUCUGCGCGCGGGGAGAGGACAGCCGCAGCCGUGGAGAUGUGCUCCUGUCCUCCGGGUUUCUCUGGAACUUCCUGUGAGUCGUGUGCCAGUGGGUACCGCAGGCUGAACGGCGUCCUCUACCACGGAUUUUGUGAAGCGUGUCAGUGCCACGGACACAGCUCUGAGUGUGAUCCCUAUACUGGACACUGCCUGAAUUGCGUGGACAACACCAUCGGCCCGUUCUGUGACACCUGUUUACCUGGAUACUACGGUGUUGCCACCCAGGGCACACCCGCCGACUGCCAGCCCUGCGCCUGCCCGCUUAAUCUGCCUAGUAACAACUUCAGUCCGACGUGCCACAUGGGAUCGGAGGGAGAGAUGAUGUGUGACCAGUGCCCACCUGGAUACAGCGGGCCCAGAUGUAACAGAUGCUCAAACGGAUACUUUGGCCAGCCUGCAGUGCCGGGGGGUUCCUGUCAGCCCUGCGAGUGCAAUGGAAACCUGGACCUGUCCUUACCUGAGAGCUGCCAUCCAAUCACGGGCCAGUGUCUGCGCUGUCGUCCGGGUUACGGGGGCGUGGCCUGUGACGUCUGCGCGGACGGAUACUACGGGGAUGCGGUAAACGCCAGAAACUGCCAGCCUUGCCAGUGCCACACAAACGGGUCCGUAUCUGAAGUGUGCCACCAGGAGACGGGCCAGUGCCAGUGCAGGGAGAAUGUAGUGGGCCGACAGUGCGACGAAUGUGUGCCUAACUGUUGGUGGGACCCAGACACAGACGAGUGUGUCCCGUGCCAGUGCAGUUCCCACGGCUCUAUGUCCCAGCGCUGUGACGUGGAGGGCCGCUGUAUCUGCCGGGCCGGGUACGUGGGCCGGCGCUGUGACCUGAGGAGGCAGGGCUAUGAGAGGAGGGAGACCAGGAGAGAGACCAGGAGACCACUGGAGCGUGUGCCGGUGGAGACAGCGCAGCAGAGAUGGGGAGGCCUGUCCCGCACGGGGGGCUGUCCCAGGGGCGCGUACAGGCCCAGUGCAGGGGCAGGGACCCACGGCUUGAGCACCGGGGGCAUGUGCAUCCCCUGUCACUGUAACUCGUUUGGCUCAAAGUCGUUUGACUGUGAUGAGUCGGGUCAGUGCCGCUGUCAGCCUGGUGUGGGUGGGCCCAAAUGUGACCGCUGCUCCAGAGGCUACUUCAACUUCCAGGAGGGAGGCUGCACACCGUGCGAUUGCAGUCACGUGGGGGACAACUGUGACGCUAACACCGGUCAGUGUAUCUGCCCGCCCAACACCAUGGGAGAGAGGUGUGACCGCUGUGCGCCCAACCACUGGGGACAUGACAUUACCACUGGCUGCAAAGAGUGCGGCUGUAGCGCUCUCGGCUCAGUGGCCCAGCAGUGUAACGUCAACACGGGAUGCUGCACGUGCCGAGACAACUUCAGAGGAGAGAAGUGCAACGAGUGUCAGAUCGGGUACAGAGACUUUCCGCAGUGUAUCCAGUGCCAGUGCAAUGUGGCGGGCGCCGACAGAGAGACCUGUGAUCUGGAGAGGGGAGUGUGCGGCUGCGCGGAUCGGACCGGCAAGUGCAGCUGCAAGGUGAACGUCAUUGGAGACCAUUGUGACCAGUGCAAAGUGGACACGUUCGGCCUGUCGAUGCAAAAUCCUCUGGGCUGCAGCAAGUGUUACUGUUACGGACUGACCCACUCCUGCACCGAGGCUCCAGGGCUCAUCCGCAUGUGGCUCACACUGAGGCAGGAGCAGACAGUGCUCCCCCUGGUGGACAAGUCCAACACUCUGGAGACGAGAAACGGAGUGAGUUUUCAGCACCCGGAGAUCCUGGCCCACUCAGACCUGGUCAGCCCUGUGCUGUCUGAGCCGUACUACUGGAAACUCCCCGAGCAGUUCAGAGGAUCUAUGAUCACAGCUUACGGAGGACAGCUCAAAUACGCUGUGUACUACGAGGCCAGAGACGAGACGGGCCCUUCGUCCUACGAGCCCCAAGUCAUCAUCAAAGGAGGUCCCAACCACAACAUGAUCAUGAUGAGGUACACCCCGGGCCUGCAGAUCGGACAGCUCACACGCCACCAGCUGGAUAUGACCGAGCACGAGUGGAGGUUUGCAGAUGGCAGGUCCAUGACUCGAGAGGACUUCAUGGACAUUCUGUUCUAUGUGGACUACAUCCUCAUCAAGGCGUCACAUGGGAACGUGAUGAGACACAGCCGUAUUUCUGAAAUCACGCUAACAGUGGCAGAGGAAGGUCGUCCCACUAAAGAAAGUGAGAAAGCUCAUCAGAUCGAGAAGUGCGAGUGUCCACUGGGAUACUCCGGACUGUCCUGUGAGGAGUGCGCGUCAGGCUUUUACCGUCUGCGUAGCGGAUCCUUGGCACCCGCCCCGGCCUCCAGGUUGCCCACCGCCGCGGGCAUGGGCAGCUGUGUGCAGUGCCAAUGCAGCGGCCACUCCUCUUCGUGCGACCCCGACACCUCCAUCUGCCAGGACUGCCAGGACAACACGGAGGGCGACCGGUGCGAGCGCUGUGCCCCAGGCUUCUAUGGAGUGGUCCGAGGUUCCCCUGACGACUGUAAACCGUGCGCCUGCCCCCUCCUCAACCCAGAAAACAACUUCAGUCCCACUUGCGUUGCUGAAGGAUAUAACGACUACAGAUGUACAGCCUGUCCAGAGGGAUACGAGGGCAGACACUGUGAGAGGUGUGCUACAGGUUACCACGGCGACCCCAGUCAGCCCGGUGGACGCUGUGAGGAGUGUAAGUGCUCACCGUGGGGGUCUCUGCCCGGACCGUGUGACCCCAGGACGGGCCAAUGCCGCUGCAGGGGCGGGGCUUCAGGGCGGGCGUGUGACCAGUGCAUGGAGAGGCAUGUGUGUGGCCCGGCUGGCAUCAUCUCGUGCGAUGACGAGUGCUCGGGUCUGCUGAUCAGUGACAUGGACCGUCUGUACCGCAUCAUCACGGAGGUCACCCUGAGCUCGCCUCUGCCCCCGCCGUACAAGAUGCUCUACCGCUUCGAGAACAUGACCGAGGAGCUCAAGCACAUGCUGUCACCCCAGAAAGCCCCCGAACGGCUACUGCAGCUGGCCGACUCCAACCUGGGCUCACUGGUCAUCGAGAUAGACCAGCUCCACAGCAGGGCUACAAAGGUGUCAGCGGACGGCGAGCAGGUGGAGGACGACGCAGACCGGAUUCACAAACGCGCACAAGAGCUGGAGCAGUUUGUCUUGGCCACGCUACUCGGAGCAAACGAACUACAGCUGAAGGCCUUGGAGCUGAACAAGACUCUGUCGCGUAAAGACGGCACUCCGGACAAAAGCCUGAGCCAGAUGAAGGAGGAAAUCGCCGACAUGUUAGCCGAGAUGAGAGCACGACAGCUGGGAGACAAGAGGGAUAUCGCCGACCAAGAGCUAGAACUGGCGGAGGAGCUGUACCAGAGAGUCAAGAAGAUGUUUGGAGACCCCCACCAAGCCAACGAAGAUCUUAAAGCUGAGAUCAAAGAGAAGCUUUCCGACCACGAGGGGAAACUCCAGGAGGCCCAGGAGCUGCUGAACGAAGCCCAGGGGAAAACACGCGAGGCUGGGGCACUGGGUCAACAAAACCACGCCAACCUCACUGCUCUGGAGAGAAAACGUAAUGCGGUGGGUGGAGUCCAGCAGAUGGCACAGGAUAUUCUGGGAGAGGGAGAAAACCUACUGGAUGAAGCCAACAAUCUCUCAGACGACAUCAACAAAGGACUGGAGGAGUUGGAGGAUAUGCAGACAGAGCUGGGCCCUCUUCACAAACAGCUGAAGGACAAAGUGUCUGGUCUCACUGACGGACUUGGAGGGGGCAGGUUGGCCAGUCAUGUGACCGAAGCAGAGGACUACGCCAAACAGCUCAACGAGUCUGCUGCUAUACUGGACAACAUUUUAGCCGAGGCACGGAACCUGUCCUUCAACGCCACAGCUGCUUUCAAGGCCUACAGUAACAUCAAAGCCAAUGUGGAUGCUGCGGAGAAGGAGGCUAAAGCUGCCAAACAGAAGGCCUCUGAGGCGCUCGCUCUGGCUCUAGGUCCUGAUGUCCCGAUGAAGGAGAAGGCCGAUGAUGCCGUAAGGAAGAGUCAUGAACUACUGAACCAGGCUAAGCAGCUGCAAAAGGAUGUGCAAGGGAAUGCAGAUAACGUGGCCUUGCUGAAGGGCAGAGUCAAAGCAGCCAAAGACAAAACCAAAGAUCUCGUUAAAGGCAUCGAUGUCACCAUGGCAACGCUGCAAGCCAUCCCCAACGACACAGCCGCCAGAGUCGCCGCGACCAAGGCUGUAGCCGGGGAGGCCAACGCCACAGCCAUCGACGUGCUGGAACGCCUCGGCAACCUCAACCUUCAGAUCCAAGGACUGCAGAAGAACUACGGAGACCUGGAGGGCACUGUCAACGAAGCCAACCAGAUCAUCCAGGACCACGAGAAAAACAUCCACGCGGCCGGAGCCAAAGUCAAGGACCUGGAGGACGAAGCUGAUAGGCUGCUGGAGAAGCUGCAGCCAAUCAGAAUGCUCCAGGACAAUUUGAGACGCAACAUCUCUCAAAUCAAAGAGCUCAUCAGUCAAGCCAGGAAACAGGCCAAUUCUAUCAAAGUAUCAGUUUCGUCAGGAGGGGACUGUUUGCGCAGCUAUCGUCCUGAAAUCCGCAAAGGCCGAUACAACACUAUUGUCCUCCAUGUGAAAACCACCACUCCAGACAACCUGCUCUUCUACCUGGGAUCUGCACAAUACGUUGAUUUCCUGGCCUUGGAGAUGAGAAAGGGGAAGGUGAAUUUCCUUUGGGACGUGGGCUCGGGCGUGGGCAGGGUGGAGUAUCCGGAUCUCACCAUCCACGACGGAAACUGGCACCGCAUCGAGGCUUCACGGAAGGGGCUGACGGGGACCAUCGCGGUGUACCCACUGGAGGGGCCCAACGCCGGGAUGAUGCCCACUCCGGCCAGCGCCGACUCCCCCACCUCCUUCACCAUCCUGGACGUGGACCAGAACGCGUAUCUGUUUGUGGGAGGGAUUUUCGGAACUGUCAAGAAAGCUGACGCAGUGAGGAGCUCAACAUUUGAAGGCUGCAUGGGGGAGACCUUCUUGGAUGGUAAACCCAUUGGACUGUGGAACUACAGAGAGAGACAAGGAGACUGCAAAGGAUGUGUCGUCAGCCCUCAGAAGUCGGAUGGUGAGGGCACAGUGCAGCUGGACGGGGAGGGCUAUGCUGCAGUGGCCCGUCCCACCAGGUGGAACCCCAACGUCUCCACAGUCACCUUCAAGUUCCGCACCUUCACCUCCGACGCUCUGCUCAUGUACCUGGCCACACAAGACAUGAAGGACUUCAUGUCUCUGGAACUGUCAGAGGGUAAAGUGAAGGUGAACUUUGACCUUGGCUCUGGUGUGGGCAGUGCCAUCUCAACACAACGCCACAAUGACGGACACUGGAAAUCCCUCACCAUGUCCAGGAACAAGAAACAAGCCACUGUGACCGUAGUGGACAUUGACAGUGGGGCAGAGGAGAGAAUCGUGGCCGUGUCCCAGGGCUCAGCUACUGGACUCAACCUCAGAGAGAACCAGAGGAUCUACUUCGGAGGCCUGCCCACUAUCGGGAACUACAGCAUGGUUGCCAGGUCAGAGGUCACGCUGAAGCGCUAUGCCGGCUGCCUGAGGGACAUCGAAGUGUCCAGGACUCCAUAUAAUCUCCUCAGCAGCUCCGACUACACCGGGGUCACCAAGGGAUGUACUGUGGAGAACCUGUACACAGUGAGCUUCUCAAAGGCCGGCUACAUGGAGCUGAAGGGGCUGUCCCUGGCCGUCGCCACAGAGAUCAGCCUGUCCUUCAGCACCCUGAACGACACUGGUACCGUGCUGAUGGCGGUGGGAGGGUCCGCCCCUGUCGCUCAGCAGGCCCGUAACUUAAACUACUACAACAACAAGAGGAAGAGGCGUCAGUCGGGCGAGCCGUACCUGUCGGUGAUGCUGAACCAGGGCGCUCUGGAGGUGCUGCUCUUCACUGGGACUCACACCCCACGCAGGGUCAUCAGGCGCCCAGAGCAGGGCAUCCUCCACGACGGGCGGGAGCACUCACUGCGCAUCGAGAGGCUGGCCGGCAGAGCCUUUGCAGUGCAGGUGGAUGAGGAGCCAAAGAAGGAGGUGGGUCUUCCUCACGACCAGCCCAUGGUGUUCCAGAGGGUUUUCCUGGGAGGUUUCCCAGCAGAAGUGGCGCAGACCUCCAGCCAAGUCAAUGUGCCUUUCAAGGGCUGUAUCUGGAACCUCAUGAUCAACACUGUCCUGUCGGACUUCUCUCAGCCCGUGUCCUUUGUGAACGCUGACAUCGGCAGGUGCCCCAGCCUGGCUCCUGCCCCUCCCCCUCCUCCUCUCCUGCCUGAGCCCACUGCCACCGCUGCCCCUGCCACCACAGCCCCAGGCCCCGCGAAGACCACGCCCCCUGCUGUACCUGUGGUCCGAACACCUGUCCCCCCGACUGAACCGGACGCUGAGACGGACGCCUGUGCCUCCGCCGUGGCCCCCACAGCUCUGGACCAGGCCUAUCAGUUCGGCCUGAGCAGGAACAGCCACAUGAGCUUCAACUUCGACGACACCAAAGUCAGAGAGAGGUUGAUUUUGGAGUUUGAACUGAGGACAAAGGAGGAUUCUGGUCUGGUCCUGUACAUGGCUCGUAUAAACCACGCUGAUUUUGUCUCCAUUCAGAUUAAAAAAGGUCAGGUGUGCCUGGGCUACGACCUGGGACAUGGGAACACCUCGGGCUGUGUACCCUUCUCUAUCAACGAUGGAAACUGGCACACGAUCCGCGUGAAUCGCAACAAGCAAAGAGCCGUUCUCACGAUCGAUUCCAAGUACAUGAAACAAAUGUUCAGUCCAAAGAAGGCCGAUCUGCUGGAUGUGGUCGGCGUGAUCUACGUGGGCGGUUUACCACAAAACUACACCACCAAGAGGAUCGGACCGAUCCUGUACAGUGUGAACGGGUGCGUGCGUAACUUUAAGAUGCACGGCAGCGCGGUCAGCAGUCCGCUCGAGGAUUUUAAGGUGGACAUGCAGACCCCCUCCUCCAGUCACAUGGUCGGACGCUGCUUUGUCUCCACGGAGCCCGGGACGUACUUUCAGGGGAAUGGAUAUUUGAAAGCAGUGGCGACGUACCGCGUGGGUCAGGAGGUGUCCAUAGCGUUUGACUUCCGCACCAGUCGCACAAACGGGGUGCUGUUAGGCGUCAGCGACAACGACAGGAACGGGCUUGGCAUCGAGAUCGUGGACGGAAAGCUGCAGUUCCACGUGGACAACGGCGCAGGUCUGAUCACAGCAGAGGUGUCCCCCGAGGGAGAGGGCUUCUGCGACGGCCAGUGGCACUCGGUCACCGCCACAAAGAUCCGACACAAACUGGAGCUCAGAGUGGACAGCGCCCAGAGCAAAGCCGAGAGUCCAAACGCCAGAUCCAACACGUGUGAGACCAACGACCCCAUCUACGUCGGAGGAUACCCCGCGGGCGUCCACCAGGCGGCGCUGUCCACCAAACGAUCGUUCAAAGGCUGCAUGAAGGACCUGAGGAUCACCAAAGCUUCAAAGACCCUCGCGGUGCAGUUUAACAAAGCUCUGGAGCUGAGAGGAGUGCAGCCCAUGUCCUGCCCCUCUCCCGUCGCCGCCUAGUGAGCGAACACGGAACUGCAGCCACUUUUACCCAACAAAGUACUGUACUGUGCUCAAAAUGUACCAAUGCAAGUGAAUAUUUAAGUUCAAACCUGGGCACUAUGUUUCAACACGACAGGACCAUAAACAGACACAUAAUUAUUAUUGUAACGUAACAUGAUUCACCAUUUUGUCCGUGUAAAAAAAAAAAAAAAAAGAAAAGUUUUACCAGGGCCUGUACAUUUGCAUGCUAGUUUUCGUUUAAAGAGCCUGAAUGUGAAAAAGCAUAAUCUAUGUUUUGUCAACGUAAUUUAAAAAGCACUUACAGAUGUUUGAAACGUGUUGUGCAGUGAUGAUGAUGAUAAAACGGUGACUCCAUUGUACAGUUUGUGACAGAGCAAAAUAAAUCUAUCAUGACAUUUGAA